CUUGUACCACAGUAAAGGUACUUGUACCUCCACACCGUGUUUAUAGGUACUUGUACCACAGUAAAGGUACUUGUACCUCCACACCGUGUUUAUAGGUACUUGUACCACAGUAAAGGUACUUGUACCUCCACACAGUGUUUACAGCCCCUCCCCCACCGGCUCCUCCUCCCGGAUCCGCUAGCCAGCUAGCCGCCGUGAACCCGACCGAAGGGGCUUUAAAACGGACCCCAGACCUGCAGAAGGCCUCCCGGACGAGUCUGGUUCUCCUGCAUGAGCAGCCUUCAGCCGUUCACCACGACACAAACGUCCCCACGUGGCGCUCGUUCGCUGGAUUCCCGACGCGAUGGCCGGCUAGCGAGCAGCCCAAAGCUAGCCGGCGGUUCGCGGGUCCUGUAGCCGGGACGCAGCGCCGCUAGCCCCGCAGCGAACUCCCUGGUUUUACGGCCUUUUUUAGAUCAGUUUCCGCUCCAUGUUUUCUUUAAUGUAACCGGAAUUAUGUAUAUUCGUUUACAAAUCAAAUUAUCAAUCAAUUAGCGUUCUGUUUGAAAUAUGUAGGUCAUCGAUAACCAGCUGGUUAAACUAGCUAGUUAGUUAAGCUAGUGAACCCGUUAGCACCAGCAGCUGCUUAGCACGGCAGCUAGCUGGCCUUCUUCUAUUUUUCAGUCAUUAAAAACAUUAAGAGAAAACAACAACGGUUGUUUACAUGCGUGUGUUCGCGAGGAUUAAUCUCCAGCUUCGGUUUCCGAGGUUUUUUAAUUAAUUUAUUUAUUGUUAAUAUUUUGGGGUAAUAAGUUUAGCUUAGCUCUGAUCCUACUAAGCUAAGCUAACGGAGCAGCUUCACUAAUCCACCAGGAGUCUACGGGAUCAUGCCGAGCGCGGCGCCGCGUUCCCUCGCCGCCUAGCCGGCAGAGCGGACCAUUUCCUGGGCUCCGCUGAGCGGCGGGAUGGCCUUUCACGGCGCGGGCCGGCAGACCGUCUGUGGAGACCUGUUUCCGGGCUCCGAGCUGGGCCACAAGUAUUUCUGUGUCAACUCCUCCUGUGGAGUUCCCUCCACGGGCCUCAGCGCCACCCCGUGCCUGACCGGACCCACCGCCCCGGCCGGGACGCCCCGCCACCCCACGGCGAUGGGGGGGAGCACCGGCGGAGGCGCUGCGGUGCCUCAGCCCUACAGUAACCCGGCCAGCGAGGUGCCCAGUCCCGCAGAGAUGGAGCCCGACCGCCCCAUCGGCUACGGAGCGUUUGGUGUCGUCUGGUCCGUCACGGAUCCGAGAGACGGUCGCAAAGUGGCUUUGAAGAAGAUGCCCAAUGUCUUCCAGAACCUGGUCUCCUGCAAGAGGGUCUUCAGAGAGCUGCGGAUGCUGUGCUUCUUCAAACACGACAACGUUUUGUCAGCGUUGGACAUUUUGCAGCCUCCACAGAUCGACUGCUUCGAGGAAAUCUACGUGAUCACGGAGCUGAUGCAGAGCGACCUCCACAAAGUGAUCGUGUCUCCUCAGCCGCUCACCACCGACCACAUCAAGGUCUUCCUCUAUCAGAUCCUCCGAGGGCUGAAGUAUCUUCACUCUGCUGGGAUUCUCCACCGAGACAUCAAACCUGGAAACCUGCUGGUCAACAGCAACUGUCUGCUCAAGAUUUGUGACUUCGGCUUGGCGCGCGUGGAGGAGCCCGACCCGACCCGUCACAUGACCCAGGAGGUGGUGACUCAGUACUACCGGGCGCCGGAGGUGCUGAUGGGCUGCCGGCACUACGGCUCGGCCAUCGACGUCUGGUCGGUCGGCUGCAUCUUCGCCGAGCUGCUGGGGAGGCGCAUCCUAUUCCAGGCGCAGAGCCCCAUUCAGCAGCUGGAUCUGAUCACAGACCUGCUGGGGACGCCCCCCCUGUCGGCCCUGUCGGCGGCCUGCGAGGGAGCCAGAGCCCACAUCCUGAGGGGGCCCCACAAACCGCCGUCGCUGUCGGUGCUCUACAUGCUGUCCGAUGGAGCCACUCACGAGGCGGUGCACCUGCUCUGUCGCAUGUUGGUCUUUGACCCGGCGAAACGGAUCUCCGGCAGCGACGCCCUCUCCCACCCGUACCUGGACGAGGGCCGGCUGCGGUACCACACCUGCAUGUGUCAGUGCUGCUACUCGGUGCCCAGCGGGCGCGUCUACACCCGCGACUUCGAGCCGGUCGCCGAGGUCCCGUUCAGCCACAGCUACGAGAACAGCCUGCUGUCCGUGUGGCAGGGCAAAGAGCUGAUCCACCGCUUCAUCACGGAGCACCAGCAGGGCAAACGGGUGCCGCUGUGCAUCAACCCUCAGAGUGCUGCGUUCAAGACCUUCAUCAGGUCCACGGCAUGGCACUCCUCCAAGGUGUCCAGGAAGGAGGAGAGAUGAACUCCUCUUCCUCACGAGGAGGCGCGACGCCGGAGUUCCAGAAAAAGAUUUAAUCUGCCAUGAAAAUACCGAAGACUUUGGGUCAUAUUUUUAUUUGUAUUUAUUUUUUACUUUGCCCAGCCGAGCUCCUCCUCGUCGUUUAGUUCGACUUCGAAUAUGAAAACUAGCGCUUCACUUUUCUAAACGGCUGACGCUUUGUUUCCGGUGCUGAAUAAAAAAAAUAAACAUAAAAAUGUAAACGCUGCUGAAGAGCUCGAGGAAAAAGAAAAGAGGAACUCGGUACUUAUCGAUGUUAGUAGAGUUAAGAAAUAACGCUUUUAAUUUAAUUUUUUUUAAAGUCAUUCCAGCCGAUGUGGUUUUAUUUUAUUUCAGCUGCAUUUGAACGCUCACUCAGCGUUAAUAAUGCAGUUUAACAGAUGUAGCAGGUUUUAACCCCGCCCCCAACGAAGGAAACAGGAAGUCAUUCCUCCACGUUUUUAAACUAAACUGUUUUAUUUUGAAAUUCACAACAGGAAGGUGACAGAAUUACAAGCGGAACGUCUCUGAAUGUUUGAGAUUGAAGUCGUUUGUUUUUGAGCAGAAAAGGAAGUCAAUUUAGAGAAAACAAUCAUUUACACGAAACAAUAGGUUUUUUAAAUUUUUAUUUGUAGAGAUUUUUUUUUCAUUUUAGAUAUUUAAAUUUUUCUUUUUUAUGAAUUUAAAUCUUUUCUAUUAAAAAAGAAAAAGUCCGAAUGUUCUGGACUUUUUAA